GUACUCCAGAGUUUCUUAAAAAUUUUCCGCACGUCUUCUGCUUUGGAAUUUGACAGUUCACUGACAUUGACAGUUCACACUUCGCACUUUUACGCUAAGGUCAAACAAAUUCUCCAUCUGAACUAUGUCAGGAAACCGAGUCGCUGUGGUAACUGGAUCUAAUCAGGGUAUAGGAUUUGCCACAGUACAGGAACUAUGUGCCAAAUUCGAAGGUUCAGUAUAUCUCACUGCCCGAAGUGAAGAACGUGGACUGGCGGCUGUUGAAGAACUGAAGAAGUUGGGAUUACAGCCAAAGUUUCAUCAACUGGACAUCAAUGAUGAAUCCAGUGUGCUAAAACUUCGAGAUCACUUAAAAGACACUUAUGGAGGGUUGGAUGUUCUUGUGAACAAUGCUGCAAUUUUACUUCCAUUCAAGGAAGGACUGCCUGAUGAAGUCUUUGCUGAACAUGCAAAAACAACCAUGCAAACCAAUUAUUUUGACACUCAACGUGUUUGCAAAAUUUUGUUUCCUAUCCUCAAACCACAUGCAAGGGUGGUGAACCUUUCUAGCAUGUUGGGUCAUCUGACACAAAUUAAAGGAGAAGAUUCAGUUGCUAUGGAGUUGAAAGCUAAGCUGUCUUCACCAGAUUUGACCUACGAAGAACUUGAUGGUCUGAUGCAGAAUUUUGUUGAUUCAGCUCAAAAAGGGGAACAUACCAAGUAUGGCUGGCCUGCAACUGGCUACUACACGACCUACAUCGUAUCAAAAAUCGGUGUAAGCGCAAUGACCCGCAUCCAACACAGAGACUUUGAACGCGAUUCACGCGAAGACAUCAUCAUCAACCACGUUCACCCCGGUUAUGUUAACACUCAAAUGUCAGAAUAUAGAGGAGUCCUCACCAUUGAAAAAGGUGCCGUUGCUCCAUCGUGGCUGGCCCUGUUGCCUCCUAAUGUGCAAGAACCUAAAGGGCUAUUUGUUUGGUGCGAUAAGACUAUUGUUGAUUGGGUAAAAGGACCGAUGCCGCCUCUUGACUAAUGUUUGCUGUCCGUUGAUCGGUAAUAUGGAUUAAGAAUCAACCCAGCUAAUUAGUUGAUUUAUAUUUUUAAUACAAUAUAUUUGGUUGUUGAAAGGGA